CCUCGCACGACAUCCGCAUGUUUCAAGGCUCGCUGUUCGCUGGACAGGCCAAGUGAGAAGAGAUCGCAAAGCAGAUGGCCGCGAUGCGAAUGAGAGAGUCGCCAAGCAAAACCCGACAGCUCACGAGUUAUUUGCUGGGGGUGCAACAGGCAGAUGGGGACGAGGAGAAGGAGGGAGAAGGAGGGAGGAGAGGGCUCGUGCGACACCUGCGGCAGAGGCAGUGCCCUGCCCGACAUCUCUGGCAGACCCCACGCACGGGCAGGCCAGGAGAUCGCGGCACGGAGCUCUCGAGAUACAAAAAACACGCCCGACCGAGCCGAGCGAAGGGCCGAAGCGCUCUGCGCAUCGGAGCAGUUCGCCCGGUGCGCGUCUACGUAGCGCGGCGCCUUCGUGAGAACGAUUACGGGUUAUUAGGCCCCAUUGCCCAGAUCUGCGACGGCAUGAGCUCUUUAUAGGCCAGGCUGGGCAGAAUUGGGCGGAGCUGAGCAGGACUGUGCCAGACAUGGCCUCCUCCUUACCACGGACAUACCGGCGCCGAUGCUGAGCUUCACCUCCAGGGAGCUGCAGCCAGGGGCGCCCGUGGGUGCCGCCGUUGUCGUUGGGCUCCACGCGAGUUUGGCCUGGCCAGGGCGCCCGCCUGAGGCGGGGGCGACUGCCGAGCAGAGGAGAGGGCAGAGGAGUGCCCUCCAAAAAGGGAAUCGGUGCUGCUCCGUUCUUCGGCAGGAGGCCUGAUCGAAUUUAGACUGGCCUGCACCGGAACUGCGACCACAUUUGCGCAGCGGAGCUCGCGGGUUCGCCGAGGAAGGUAACGAGCACGAGGAGGCGGCGGAGGAGGAGAAACAUCUGUACAUCAGGAUCCGCCUGUAGCGAACCAGAAAUACAUAGGCGGCAUGGUAACCGUGGCUCGGCUGGCCAAGCUUAGUUCACCAUGCAGGCUCAUGGACGAUGAUGUUAUGGUUGAUUCGCUGGCCCCGAUCCAAGGGCGCUGGCCUCAUGACACUCUCCCGACGGCCAUAUCCUCCCAGGCACGCAGAGGACCUGGGCCGCGAGACACAAGACACCAUUUUGCGUCGGCGGCUACGCAGAGGGUCCGCGCUGGCGAAUUGAGCAAAACGGGACACGUUAGGCGAAUUCAACCACUGAGCAGAGGUGCAAGGGGGCGCACCUCUGCCGAGGCAGCGCUUCACUCGACACCCCGCUGGCAGAGCUCCUGCCGCCUCCACCACCGGUGGGGCAGGGCCUCCCGGUCCUCCCAACAGACCGGGGAUGCUCCACAGCGCCCGAUCGGCCUCUCCGCCUCAGGCGGGAGGGCUCAGGCGAGGCUAAGCAGCGCCCAAAAAAGAAAAAGAUUAGAGAAAAAGGAGGAGGAGGAGGAGGAAGAGGAGGAGGAGGAGGAGGAGAAGGAGAAGGAGGAGGAGGCGGGGAAGCCGGCAGCCGCUCAAGAUGGAGGAAGGAAGCACGGCAUAACCAUAAAACCGUCGGAGAUCCGCGCUGGAGGUGCCGCCAAGGGGGCCCAUCGCCGAUCCAAGAAACCCGCGCGAAACCUCCGAACAUUUCUGUUUAUGGCGUUUCUCUUCUUCGAUAUGCACGCCGGUACCUUGGCGUGACCCGAUGGGCACUGACCCACCUCAGCCGAGGCGCCCGCGAGCUCGCGAGUGUGAAAGCGCUGGCGGCCAAGCGGCCCACGCGGCGCCGAAACGAAGCGAACCGGGGCAAGUGUCGGCGAGUUACAGCGGCGGCAGGGGCACACUCAGAAAGACGAUUUUUGGGCUGGGAGGAUGGGGCUGGGAUUGCGCCCUGUAUCUUUCCGACCCCUUCCUCCCAACACAGUAAUUGUCUUCCUCACCCGCGCAACAAGAGCGGGGAAUCGCUCAGGAGCGCCCGCGCGCGGCGGGGCGCGCGCGCGGAAGGAGUGGCGCAGCCGGAGGCGGGGAGGGAGGGCGGGAUUUAUGGACGAGAUGAGGGAGGAGAAGGAAGACAGCAACAGCACCAAAAG